AUGGCCGUUUCGGGGGUUGCCUUGGACGAUCUCCCGGAGCUUGUGCGAGACACGCAGCUGUCGGUUCGCUUCAAAUCCGAAGGCUCGCGACAUUACACUAUCCAUGUCCCGCCGGGUCGUCGUAGCCCGAAGCCGGAAACAUGGGUCUCCAAAGAGAGGCUGGGCAGGGGAGGCCAGGGAGCUGUCGUCUUGCAGGAGAAGGUGGCCGAUGGACAAGGCCAGUUUCAGCUCCGGGCCGUCAAGACCAUCACAAUGCCGGCAGUUAGCAGCCAAACCGAUCGGGCUCUCUAUAAGCGAGAACUUGAGGCUAUGGCAAAGUUCUCUCAAACCAAGUAUUCGGACCUCUUUGUCAAGUUUCAUGGGUGGUUCACCAGCCCGGGAUUAAUACAUAUCGCCAUGGAAUACUGUGAACUGGGCGACUUGGAUAGGUAUCUUCUCAACAAUUCGAACACUAGGCUGCCUGAAUCAGAAGCGCAGGAUAUUACCUAUCAGAUUUUAAAUGCUCUCACCAGCAUGCACGAGGAGACAUUCUGCCACGGGGACCUCAAACUUGCAAACAUCCUGAUCAUAACUGCCACUCCUUCGUGGUGGGUGAAGUUAGCCGAUUUCGGCCUGAGCAAGCGGAAUGGAGUAAGUGCUAAUAAUACGACGACUGCGAAAGGCACUCCGAAUUAUAUGCCUCCGGAACUACUUGGAUACAAAGGGAACCCGAGAGAAGCAGACCCAUAUCCGGUAGAUAUGUGGUGCCUUGGGCAAGUAGGGUUUAGACUUGCCACGGGCCGUGCCAUGUUCGCCUCGCCGGCGGAUCUCUCCCGCUAUUUUUACGGCCAAACAACAUUCCGGUCGCACCUCCCUGGAGAAUAUCAACUCGAUGAAACAUUUGUUGGCUAUCUGGAGUCACUAUUGGCUCAAGAACCCCGUACGAGACCCUCAUCCAAGGACUCUUCAGACCACCCGUGGGUGCUUAGCAUUCGAAGGGAGCAUCCGGACAUCCAAGACGCUCAAGAUGAGGCGUCAGGCCAUGACUGGUUUUCAGACGUCUUAUUCUCAGAUGUCUCCGGCGACGACACUCAACAGACCACCAUAUCGCUGCAAGGGGCUCAUACUCCACGUCCUUUGAGUGCCAAUGCUACAGCCAUGUCGGGCAAUGAGGAUGAGGCCUCUGCAGCAUGGCCCACCGAUACGACGGAUCUCACCAUUCGCAAGAGCCAGACAGAGACCAUAACGCAUCCUCCAGGACCUACCACUGCCCACGCUACGGUCAUAUCAUUAAAACAAGACGAAGCCUCUGCUGUGUGGCCAACUAACACAACGACUCUUGUCGUCCCACAGAUUCAAACACAAAUAACGACGACCAAUUCUGGUCGAAUUUCGCCAACAGAAACAUCAACAGCCGCUUCCAGUCUCUCAUCAACAGCGACAUCUGGACAGCCAUUGCAAACUGCCUUCAGUGGUGAAGCCGAGAAGCACAUUGCCACCGGGGAUGAGUAUCUCGUCGCUAAGAAGUUCGAUGAGGCUGUAGGUGAAUAUACCAAAGGUUUCGAACUUGAGCCGCUUUCAACAUCGCAUCUGGAGAAGCGGGCUCGUGCCUAUUGGUGUCUCUCUAACUGGAACGGAGUACUUGACGACUGCCUUAAGAUUCGCAAGCUGGACCGGGAGAACCAGUAUUCCCUCACUUCUCUUUCCACAAUCCUUAUUUAUGCCAUGGGGAGCCCCGAAUUUCCCUUGUACUUGCUUGACCGCACUAGCCCCCCGCCAGCAGAGCAAGAGAUCCAAGAUGCGCGGAUGAUGAAGGCCAAUGUCGACUCCGCUCGGGAACUUCUUGAUAAGGGCGGUGAUGUGAAACCGGUGUUUGACAAAUUAGACAAGGCGGAAAGCAAGCUAUGGAGAAGUGUCGGCCCCCCUUACGAAUGGCAAAGCCUACGAGCAAGAGCCCACCUUGCUAUGAGCACGCAGGAUGGCCUACGUCAGGCCAAAGCCAUCACCGAAAAGCUGGUAACAAGGCGACCAAAUAAUGUUGAAUUCCUCAUUCUUCACGCCCGCGUCCAAUACCUGUGCGGGGAUUUUCACCUGGGGACUCGGCACUUGCGCAAAGCACGUGAAACCGGAGUCGCAGACGAGGCCGGCUUGGAUGAUAUCAAGAAAUGGCUGGCUAUCGGAGAGAAGCUGGGUAGUCUCAUCAGCCAGGCGAAGCGUCUAUAUGAGGUACGAAACGCCCAUCAUGCGGCCAAGUUGUACACCGAGGCACUGCAGGUCGAUUUGAAGAACUGGGCCAUCAACGCGGUGCUUCUACACAACCGGGCUCUUUGCUACGUUGAGAUGGGUAAAUAUCGUGAUGCACUGGGUGACUGCGAAAUGGCCCUCCACGCCGAUCCCGACCUAACCGGGGUUCAUGCGACCAAGGCGAAGAUCACUUCCUUUCAAAACGAGCGGCCGGAUAACCGUCGACGAAAUGUGAAAGCUGGACGGGAGUUGGCCCAGUAUCGCCAGUCCAAAAGCAAGGCCAUAAAUAGUGAAGUUGGGACCGGGGAAGAAAGCCUGUUUGAGAACUUUCGCAGCCUGCAACUGAACGAAGCGAAGUACUACCCAAGUACCUUGUAUAGCGAUGCAAUGCAAUCCACGUUACCCGCGGCUCCCACGGCUUCUCAUGGGGCUGUAACAUCCGGCGAUGGCUUCAUCAAUUUGAGGAUUGAGUACGAGGGGAGAGACUAUGUAACCAAGAUGUUGGUGGCUUACUUGGAUGCUCAGGCUUUGGAUACUCACGUCCGAACUCUUCUCCAAAUCAGCCAUCUCCAGCAACUCAAAGUGGAGCGGUACUCCGACUCAGCGUCCACGUAUAUCCCGUUAGAUCCCGAAGAUGGAUACGCCUACAGCGCCUUCCAUAGAGCGGCAACGGUAAAGAAAUGGUUCCAGCUCCGGGUGUCGAACUAUAUCCGGCGUAUUCAAUGUGACAGGUGCUUCAGCAAUAUAACAGGAGGCCGACACAAUCAUUGCUAUAUAUGUAAUGAGGGGGACUUUGAUAUCUGUUUCCUAUGCAUUCAGGCCGGGGUUGGGUGUUUCGGUGAUCAUCAAAUGACUGAGCGUAUCCUACGGGAUGGCCAGCUUAUAGUCAUUGCAUCAGACUGA